AUGGCGUCUCCAGUGUCAACUGACUCGUUUCUACAGUGGGACCCGGCCCAGGUGUCUAACUUUAUAGCUUCAAGCAUAGACAAAAACAUAGGCCCGUUGUUCCUUAACAAUAAUCUUGAUGGUCUGCUUUUACCGUACAUCACCACAGAUCAUUUGAGGGAGUUAGGCAUCGAAAAGUUGAGUGUUCGCUUACAAGUGAAGAAGUGUAUCGCAGACUUGGUCUACCAGCAUUGCCAGCUGUCGUCGUCGACAUCGUUGGUGCACGAUAGCAGCAAAGGUAAUAGUAAUGCCGAUACCGGUACUAAUAUUAAUGGUAAGGCCGUUGAGCACGUUCAACCUUAUGCUAGCAUCAACAACAACUUCCUUCAUAUUGAGUCAUUAUCAUUAGCAUUGUCCUUGUUGAGAGAGACUUUCAGCAAGAUGUCUGUUGAACAGCAGCAAGUGCAGCAGUAUCAGUUACAACAGCAACAGUUAAUACAGCAGCAGCAGCUCCAUCAGCUUCAACAAAUCCAACAGCAACAGCUAGAGCUUUCGAAUCCCCCAUCUCCGUCCCAACAGCAAUUGGAUCUCAAGAGAUUAAAUGAAAACUUUAAUAAAUUGAAGUCCGAUCUUAUCCCAGCGAUACGUUUAAUCAAAGAAUCUAAGCCUUUGCCAACACCGACCUUGGAUCCGGGAUCUACAACUUUGCAUGCCCUUGAGUCUCCUACAUUUUCGAUUCUGAGCUCGAAUGUUUUCAACGAAUCCAACAACAGUGCAAGUAAUACAAGCAAUAACUUGACGAAUUCCACAACAAUCAGCAAUGGUCCAAUAAAUAAUGGCAGUAGCAAUUCGAAUGGAGGUGAAAAACUUUCCAACACCAGAAGAAAUAGUUUGACUUCGACUGUAGUGGCCGCUGGCAGUGCAAUUGCUGCAGCAGUGAAUUUCUCAGGUUCACUUUCCAACUCUAACUCAAUUGCAAAUAUUAAUAAUAGCAACAGCAACAACAACAGCAACAGCACGAAUAAUAAUAAUAAUAACAAUAAUAGCAAUAAUAAUAAUAGUAACAAUGGUAGCGCCAGUAACGGAUCUACUAAUAACGGUGGUGGUGGGGGAGCUUCAAACUCUUCGUCUCAACAUACCCUUUCCAAUUCCAAUUCCAAUUCUAGCUUGAAUGGUGGGGCUAGAAUUUCAGCUUACCCACCUUCUUCUCCAACCUUGGCAUCUAAUCGUUACUCAUCGGGAUCUAUUUUGUCUAUGGGUACCGGAAAAGUCAUCCUGCAAUCUGUUGUUUCGUCAGAUCAACCUACGGUAGCGAGAAAUUCUAACUUCACUUUGCAGAAGAUUACGAAUAGAAUUAAUACAAACUCUGGUAAUAAUGCCAGACCACGGUUGGUUGAGACAAGGUCUGCCAAUAACAUGCUAACUAAGCCAAGUUCUAGACCGCAUAACUCACAACUGGUGUCAGCCAAUGCGCUAAUGACCAAUAGUACAAGUGGUAACAAUGCGAUUAAUGGUAAUGGAAACACUUCGCCAUCUAAUGGAAAUGGUGCAAGCACUGCAGCUGCUUCUACUGAGCCAUUAAAGCAAUUGAGAGCUUCAUCUGAUGACUCUUGCUUGAAAAUCUUGCAACAGGCCAUGAAGAGACACCACAUUCCACGAGACGACUGGUCCAAGUACGUUCUCGUUAUUUGCUAUGGAGAUAAGGAGAGAAUAUUGAAACUUGCAGAAAAGCCAGUAAUUAUUUUCAAAGAACUUCAAGAGUUGGGUAAGCACCCAGCGAUUAUGUUAAGACAAUUAGCAGCUACUAAAGAGAAGGAAGAAGAUGUGUUGUACGAAGAUCUGCGUAUCGGGGACGAUAUUCCAGGCGGGACUUUAUAG